UUAUCCGUUUGAUAAACAUAUUUUCACAGAUGCAGAUUUUAUAGCUGGGAACUCAUCAUCAUCAGGUACAAUUCAGUUUUAAAUAUAAAAAAUCUUGCUAGAUAUAUUGUCUUCUCAGAGGAUCCAGUUGAAACUAUAAAUUCAACGACAGAAGAAACCCCAAGCGCAUCAGCCAUGGAAAUUGAGCCUGAAAUUCAAGCAAGCACAAGCCGAAGACUCGUUACUCCCUGGGAAAUAUCUCCACCACCAAAGCUACGAGAUCCACCACCUAAUCGGAAAGGCCGGAAAACAAAGGCAACAGUUUUAACAACUUCGCCUUAUAAGUGUAAUUUGUUACAGAGCAUUGAAGAGGAGUUUCCAGAUGUUCCACCAACAAAAGAAUCGUCUUGCAACUACUGUGGCAAAAUUUAUGGGCAGGAUAUAAUAAUGAAGCCUUGGACCUCUUGUCUGCAAUGCGAACAAAUUUGGGCCCACGAAAAGUGUAUUCCCAAUCGAAGUGCUAUUUUUCUUUGCGAUUCUUUUCAAUUGAAAAUAUAA